CGACAUCGUUAAAGGGGGUGUGAGCUAGAAGUUUGUUUCGGCCUUGAUCCAGUGGGGCGCAUCUCAGCCAAUGAUGGUGUUUUUCCGACCAAAAAGAAACCAAUGACGAAUUUUGUGCUUGAAAAUACUACGAAAAUAGAAAACUAAUCGUAGACUAGUUCGCAAAGACAAGAGACACCGAUGAUGAUGAUGACGAUAUUAAAGCAAAAUCAAGUUUAAGAGAGAGAGAGCGAGCAAAGGUGACUCCUUUUCAUGUGAAUUUUGAGUGAUCCAUUUAUUUUUCAGCUACCAUCGUCUUAUCUGCGUGAAAAAGGAAGAAGGGAAGAGAAAUUAAAACAUGGGUUGGAUUCCCUGUUCUGGAAGUUCAAACACUAAGAAGAAGUUGAAGAAGAAGUUGGAAGUGCAGGACAGCCUCGUUGAUCCGAUCAAAGCCACCCCAGGGAAAUUGAAGAGGAAUGCAUCCAUAAAUUCGAAAGAUUCUUCUAAAAAUGGAAACACUGAUCACAUUGCUGCACAGACAUUCUCAUUCCGUGAGUUGGCAACUGCAACUAGAAACUUUAGAGCCGAAUGUCUUUUGGGCGAGGGAGGCUUUGGAAGAGUAUACAAGGGGCGUUUGGAAAAUAUUAAUCAGAUUGUUGCAAUUAAACAACUUGACCGAAAUGGGCUCCAAGGGAAUAGAGAAUUCCUUGUUGAAGUGUUGAUGUUAAGUCUUCUUCACCACCCUAACCUUGUCAACCUGAUUGGUUAUUGUGCUGAUGGGGAUCAAAGGCUUCUAGUUUAUGAAUAUAUGUCACUGGGAUCCUUGGAAGACCACUUACAUGAUAUUUCUCCUGGCAAGAAACGACUUGACUGGAACACACGAAUGAAAAUAGCUGCUGGGGCAGCAAGGGGAUUGGAAUAUCUACAUGACAAAGCUAAUCCUCCUGUCAUAUAUCGAGAUUUAAAGUGCUCCAACAUUUUGCUUGGGGAAGGAUAUCAUCCAAAGUUAUCUGAUUUUGGUCUGGCUAAACUUGGCCCGGUGGGGGAAAACACCCAUGUAUCAACAAGGGUUAUGGGCACCUAUGGGUAUUGUGCUCCAGAAUAUGCAAUGACUGGUCAAUUGACUCUGAAAUCAGAUGUUUAUAGCUUUGGUGUUGUUCUUCUGGAAAUAAUUACUGGAAGGAAAGCGAUUGACAAUUCAAAAUCUGCAGGAGAGCAGAAUCUUGUUGCAUGGGCUAGACCCUUGUUCAAAGAUAGAAGGAAGUUUUCGCAAAUGGCCGAUCCAAUGCUACAGGGUCAGUAUCCUCCAAGAGGGCUAUACCAGGCCCUUGCUGUUGCGGCAAUGUGUGUUCAGGAGCAGGCCAAUAUGCGUCCAGUUAUAGCUGAUGUUGUCACAGCUUUGAGUUACCUUGCUUCACAAAAAUAUGACCCCAAUACACAGACAGUGCAAAGCUCUCGCCUUGCUCCUGGUACUCCUCCUAGAACCAAGAGGGGACAGUGAUAUGGAGCUCAUGUUUGUUAGCUAUAUUUGGUGCAACUUACAAACAUCUUACAACACACUGCAAGAUAUAGAUUUGUAGAUGUUAAUAUCAGUUGUCUUAUGGUGGUGUUCUUUCUUUGGAGCAUAGUUGCUAAAAUGUUGUAAAAUUUUGUUCUACUUCUGGUGCACAGAACUGCUCCUAUUUCCAUUUGGAGCCAAGAUAGUAUAUUUACUUCCUUUACCCUUGGUUUAUAUUUAAAAGCAAAUUGCUGGAUUCAUGAUUCGGGUUCCUUCUGUCUUGAAAAUGGUUCUACUGGUGUACCAGCAUUCUAUAGUCGUCUAUUCUUCUUUGUCAUGGUUGUUUGUAUAGUUAUCAAGCUCUAUAAAAUUUGGCUUUUUCAACCAAGAAAGUAUGCAUA